UACGACCUGCGUGAUCGGACGUCGGAGCCGCCGCGGAGCACUGGAAGGCAACACGGACAGCGGCAGGGGAAACGUAUCGCUCACCGGGUGAGGGUUCAGGAUCCGGAGACUCUGUUUUCCCAACUUGUGGACAUAUUUUCCACGAUGGCUUCACAGCCUCCACCGAAACCGUGGGAAAGACGGAUUCCGGGUGCAAUGAGCGCACCUGUUAAUUACAGGUCUACAGACUUUGGAACGGCCGCAGGCCCCUCCACCUCUGCAGGCCCCCCUGUCCUGACCAGGGUUGCGCCCCCAGUGCCUCCUCGUCCCGUCCAGCAGCAGUCCUACCGUCCAGCGUACAGCUCUUUCACCUCCUCUUACAGCCCCUAUGGGAGCUCCAUCUACGGGGGGUACAGCCCCUACGGCUACAGCGGCGGCUACGGCGGCACCUACGGCCUGGGAGGGUACAGCCGCCUCCCCCUCACAGAUGAUGUGGCCCCCAGUCGGUUCGUGCAGCAGGCAGAGGAGAGCAGCCGAGGGGCCUUCCAGUCCAUUGAGAGCAUCGUGCAGGCCUUCACCUCCGUCAGCAUGAUGCUGGACGCCACCUUCUCGGCCGUCUACAACAGCUUCCGCGCCGUGCUGGACGUGGCCAACCACUUGACGCGGCUACGAGCGCAUUUCACUCGGGUUUUCUCGGCCUUCGCCCUGGUGCGCACGUUGCGUUACCUUUACCGACGAGUACAGAGGCUGCUGGGGCUGAGGCCAGAUGCUGAAAACGAGGACUUGUGGGCAGACAGUGCUGGUGAUGCCCUGGCUACCAGUGCAUCCAGAAGCUGUGGAGCAGGCAUGGAGGAUCACAGAGCCGGAGCAGUAAAGUCAUGGCCCAUCUUCCUGUUUUUAGCUGUCGUGCUGGGGGGGCCCUAUCUGAUCUGGAAACUGCUGAGCUCCAACCCAGGGCCUGAAGAAAAUGCCACCAACUGGGCCAGCGGAGAGGACGACCACGUGGUGGCCAGAGCAGAGUACGACUUCACGGCCGCCUCUGAGGAGGAGAUCUCUCUGCAGGCUGGCGACAUGCUCAACCUGGCGCCUAAAGAGCAGCAGCCCAGGGUGCGCGGCUGGCUGCUGGCCAGCGUGGACGGCCAGACCUCAGGCCUUGUCCCGGCCAACUACGUCAAGGUCCUCGGCAAGAGGAGGGGCCGCAAGCACGCCGAGCUGGAGAGGCUCGCCCAGGCCCAGCAGGGGAACCCACAGCCUCCCCAGGCUGACCCGAUGGCCGGCGCAGAGUCGAAUCGAGCCCCCGGCUUCACCCCAGGCCUCAGCGCGGCCUCCGCCUCAGCCACCUCCGAGGAGCUGCUGGAGUCCGUGUACAGAGAAACACCAGCGUCCCUCGGCCUGGCAGCAUCCAGCUCCAGCACGGUGCUCAACAUCCCUGACAAGAUCGACCUGUGACACGUGUGUGUACGUGUGCGCUUGUGUGUGUGUGUGUCAGCAGCAUGUGUUCAUAUACAUGGUUGGCUCAGUCGGUUCAUGUUCUCACUGUUUAGCAAUGAAACUUGACUCUUCAUCGGAUGUCCUGGCGUAUUUGUCCAGGGGAGCGGCUUGCACCUCAUAAAGACUGACUCACGUUAGCGACCCAGCUGCUUGGUGAAAACUUAAACGGUAAAAUAAACGUCUGAUUCGGUCGGGUGAGUCAGUAUCGGUCAGAAACAGUUGGCAGGAUCCUGAGAGUGCGGUUGUCUGGAGCCGAUGUGCGUUUUGAAUUUUGAGGCUGUGUGUAUAUUUCGUUUGUUAAAGGUUACACAAGAAGGGUGUUGUGUUAUCCCUGUACUAUAGCAAAGUUCUCCAGAUCAUGUUUGAUACAGGCUUGAUUUACCUGUGAGCUACACCUGCUCGGUUCCCAGUAGAUGUUGUUUGUUUAAUCUGGAUGUGUAAAAAUGAAUUGAAUCAAGUGCACAGCUGUGUACUAACAGUGUGUCGGACAAAGCCAAGACGUGGUGAACAAUUCCUCUCCUUCCAGUUGAAUGUAAUCGCCUAACUUAGUCCCUGGGAUUGAUUUUGAGCCCUGCUGCCGUUUUGCUCCUGUGUGUCGUCCUCUGGGCUUGUGAGGCGAACCGAGUGGCAGCAGGUCAGAAAAAAAAGGGGUUAAUUUUGCACAUUUCAGCCAUUCUCUCCGGUUACAGAACGUGUAAUUUUGUAAAUACCUAAUAAUUAUUUUGAAAAUAAAUAUUUUCAAAAACA